AUGCGUUCAGACACACCGCCUCUGAAACCUCAGCCUCGAUCGAGAGGAAGAAGAGUAUCAAAUGUGCCUGGUGCAGGUACACGCAUGUUUACGUGUAAAGCAGAUGGAUGCGGUAAAGUAUUCAAGCGGUCAGAACAUCUCAAACGACAUAUUCGUUCUAUACAUACUCUAGAGAAACCCUUUGAAUGCCCCUAUCAAAACUGUCAUAAGCGAUUUUCAAGAUCUGAUAAUUUAAACCAACAUAUAAGAAUACACCGACAUGGUACGAACAAAGAUACAGUAGGAAAAAAGACUAUAAUAGCAACAAGAUGCAAACAAGAGCAGCAAUCAUACUUUAGUAAUAAUACUAACAACAACAACAACAGUGCGUAUUCAAAUCUUAUUUAA